GAUACAUUUCUGACGUUUUGUAGUUAGCUCUGCUGACCCAAACACUGCAAAUCUGUCCACUAUGAUUUUGUGAGAUAUGGCUUGCCUGCUGUAGAAUUGUUUCAGAGACUGGAUCAACAUAAACAGCACUUUGAAAGGUUGCAUCUCCAAAACAAAAAUGUACAGUUUCAUGGGAGGAGGCUUGUUCUGUGCUGGUGUGGGCAAUAUCCUACUAGUUGUUUCCACAGCAACGGAUUACUGGAUGCAAUACCGCCAUUCUGGCAGUUUUAUGCACCAGGGAUUAUGGAGAUAUUGUGUGCCAGGAAAAUGCUAUCUGCACACUGACAGCGUUGCUUACUGGGAUGCCACUCGAGCAUUUAUGAUCUUGUCCCUCCUGGCGGGCAUCAUUGGCAUCAUUAUUGGCAUCAUGGCAUUUAUGCAGUACUCUUCUUUCAACAAAUUUGAUAAGACGUUUGCUGCAGGUGUCUUGUACUUUAUUUCAUGUUUGUUUGUGUUGCUAGCCAUGGCCAUUUACACAGCUGUCACCGUGAACUAUUAUGGUAAACGGUAUGGCCAUUGGCGCUUCUCUUGGUCUUAUAUCGUUGGAUGGGUGGCUGUGGUGCUCAACUUCUUUGCAGGUAUCUUCUACAUGUGUGCCUAUCGUAUGCAUGAGAGCCCACAAAGCUCAAAUUCUCGCUAAUAUCCAAAAUCGAAUCAUCUCAUGAAACUGAGUUAUGUAUUGGACCAUCAUGAUGCAAGGAGACCCAAUACUAUGAAGUGGUAUUCUUUUCAUUCUCCUCAGAAUGCUAUCUAGUGAAAUAUAGACAGAAAUUAAAAUAACUUCCAGAUAUGUUUUCAGAACCUGGCUGUAGAUUUUCUCAUUAGAGCUUUUGACAUUUCAAAGUUUAACAAGGCAUGAACAUAUUCUGCCAUAAUUUCAAGGAUGUUGUGUGAAUUUCCCCACAAGGAAAGGUUAUCCAGUUUUCAAUGCCUUUCACACAAAAUAUAUCUAUUUACUAACUUUUUAAAUAUAGCUGAAGUAGGCAAACAUUGAAAUUAAUUCAAUUGCUCUCAUUUUGUUUCACCUAACAAAAGUUGCUUGAACAUCUACUAAUAUUGUGAAAACAUAACCUUCUACUUUAGUCUUGAUAAAUCAUUUUUGUGAACUUUUAUAUUUAUGUAUAAUCAUUCAAAGGAUGCAGGCACAUUAGCAAGGUUCGCAUUUAUUGCCCAUUCCUGGCUGCUCUAUGGACAUGGUGUAGAAAUUUGACACAAUGCAUGAUAUUCUAGGUCACUUCAGAAGGGGGAAAAACAUGAACCACAGUGCUGCAAGAGUGGAGUCACAUAUCAGCCAAAAUAGAGAUGAAUAGAGACAAAAAUAAUUGCAGAUGUUGGAAUCCAAAGUCGACAGGCAGGAGGCUGGAAGAACACGUCAAGCCAGGCAGCAAAUCACAAAUUGGAGGAACAACACCAGAACUUCCUCCUGGGCUGCCUACAUCCCGGAGGACUCAGCAUUGAGUUCUCCAAUUUCAAAUAAUCACUCUCCCCCCCACCCCCCCCAACUCCCUUCCUAGCCCC